UAACAGGCACCUUCCAGCAAGUAGCCUGACCUAAGAGUCAUUUAGUUUCAUCCAUGGCUGUGGGCCAAUGCUGUGUAGCCUCUCCCUGUGUGCGUCAGUGUAGCUACUAAUUGCUUUGUUGUCUGUCGUUAGGUAGCUUUGCCGCCCUGUGAAUUUACACUUGUAGAUUUGUAAAGAAUGUGGUUUAAGCAUGUUAUUGUGACUGGUCUUCUUCGUCUUUUCUUGUAGUUUUAGGGUCUCGACCUGUAGCCUAGUUCAAGCCAGAUGUUCAUAAACAUGCUUAUAUUAAUAAAUGCCGUUAAAAGUGCUACACAUUGGUUUUUAAUGUACAGAGUAUAUCUUUUUUUUUUGCAUUAGUUUGAUUUGGGGUUGUCAUUGUUUGCAGAGUUUAUAUUCUUUGCUUCACAAAGACCCUCCAUGUAAAGUCCUUUGCCAUUCCACCUUAAAAUCUGAAAAAAGGAAAAGCCUGUUGGAAUGGUGAAGGCUCAGCUGCCUCCCACACCCUCCCCUUUUCACUGGGAAAGUGUGUCAGUAGGACAGCUCACCCAGAUGGGCUGACAGCCCAGUCAAGUUGAAGGACAUCUCGCACAGCCACGCAGAAAUCCACUCAGUCGGGAGGCAGCCAAUACGUGGCGAGAGGGCGGAGCAGUAGCAUUACUAGACUGACCGCCCCUCAAUGACUGUGUUUGUGGAAUGUUAGCAGACGGCGGUUAUAUAACUCCGAACAGAGCCCGGGAGGGGGAGGGGGAGCGCUUAUGGGAUUACAGAUUUUUCCAUUGCAUGCCUCAAUAUAUCCUGGUCAUUGCUUUCAGCUGACAGAGUGAGUGAGAUCGGAGCACAAAAUGGAGGACAAAGACAUUUUUUCCAGCUAGUGUGUUAUAUAACUGAGAAAGAGCGUUUAUUUUCCACCAGUAAUUGCCUCAAGUUAAUCCUGAAUCAUCCUGCAUGUAUAAAAAUGCAAUUUUAGCAAACUAUUCCGUCUGAUUCUAUUGAUCUAUUUCUGUGCUUUUGUGUCUCAAUGACUGAACUCUGCCUGUGAGUGAGAGAGAGAUUAGAAAAACUACCCUGUGUUACCUAACAUGCAGCUCAGCUCUCGAGAUACAGUAGAGUCCGCCGCUGUUUAGGCUGACACAUGACUCCAUGCUAUUCCUGUCACAGAGAGAAGGACACAGUGUCUUAAACUGGAGCCGCUCAACUCACACACCCCUGAAAGCAUCCAACACAUCUGCAUCCUAGAGCUGAAUGGCUGUAGUGUGUUGUAGCUUGGUUACAUAAUAACAUUAUAACAUAAUCGGCCGAUUGUUUGCAAAAACAUGACACUUGUUUGGUCUGUAUGUCAUCUAACUUUAUGUGUUUCUAAGUGCGACCUGCUUUCAUUGUGUUAUGACUCAUCGUGUGGGGAGUGUACACUUGUUUAUCGGUGCAGAUGGUUUGUGUGUGCUUCGUUUUAAUGUUCAUGAUUGCAUGGUUACAUAAUGAUUGCAUAACCUAGAGUAAGAGAUUUGAUAGUGUAGCUGAUUGAGCCCUUGUUUGGGCAGAUGUGGGGUAUUAUUCCCUCCUUGAUAAUCACUUAGCAAAGGCUUGGGUCGAGUGAUUAAGUGACUAUUCCAAGUCCUUCAGUAAGUCCAGCCUUAAUGUCUCAGUAGGGACACUACUCAGUUCACUACUGGUGUGCGUUACGUUCAGACUGCUUCUCAUAACGUCUAGAUCUAAAGUCACUAUGGAAGGUCUUGUGUAGUGUGUGUCUUCACCACAAAUACAUAGAAUUCAGUUUGGGAAAUGUUGUUUAUUUUCUGCACGCACCAUUGCUUAGCCAACCACGUGGUCACCACGUAUGCUGGGUUCUGUGUAUGAUUUUAGUUUUUAAUGCAUCAUUUCUCUAUCUUUGCAGCCCAAAUUGAGGUGAUACCUUGUAAAAUCUGUGGGGACAAAUCUUCAGGGAUCCACUAUGGUGUGAUCACAUGUGAAGGCUGCAAGGGCUUCUUCCGCCGCAGCCAGCAGAACAAUGCCAUGUACUCAUGUUCACGGCAGAGGAACUGCCUCAUCGACCGCACCAACCGCAACCGCUGCCAGCACUGCCGUCUGCAGAAGUGCCUGGCCCUGGGCAUGAGCCGCGAUGCGGUGAAGUUCGGCCGCAUGUCAAAGAAGCAGCGUGACAGCCUGUACGCAGAAGUGCAGAAGCACCAGAAGUCCCAGGCAGAGUGCCUGAGUGGGGGGGCGAUGAUGGUGGGAGGCCUGGGGGGCCGUGGCGGAGACGACAGCGGCGAGGACGGGGGCCACAGUCGCUCCUACAGCAGCGGCGGCUCCAGCACCACCACCCUCAGCGACCUGGAUGACAUCACCCAACUCCCCGACAUGCUGUUCGACCUGCCGCUCACGCCCGAGGAGGCCAGCGAGUACUGCAGUGGCCUGGAGAUGCUGGGCACAGGCGGCGGCUGCGGAGGAGGAGGAGGGGGCGGCAGCGCGGGCAGCGCGGGCAGCGGCUCCUCCAAUCAGAGCUCACCUGAGCAGAGCAGCCUGGACAUGGGCGACGGAGGGAGUUCGCCGGCGGUCAAACACGAGUACCAGAUGCUGGCAGAAACAGGAGUGCUCACACACUCACCCCUGGGAGCCCUGCCCGAUGACUGCUCCCUGCUGGAUAUAGAGCGCAUCACACAGAAUGUGGUCAAGUCCCACCUGGAAACAUGUCAGUACAGCACAGAGGAGCUGAAGAGGCUCACAUGGAGUCAGUACACACCCGAGGAGACACGCAACUUCCAGUGCAAGUCUGCGGAGUGGAUGUGGCAGCGCUGUGCCCUGCACAUCACCCAUGCCAUCCAGUACGUGGUGGAGUUUGCCAAGCGCAUCACCGGCUUCAUGGACCUGUGCCAGAACGACCAGAUCAUCCUGCUCAAAGCAGGCUGCCUGGAGGUGCUGAUGAUCCGUGUGUGUCACGCAUACAACUCCUCUAACAACACAAUGUUUUUCGAUGGCAAGUUUGCCAGUCCUCAGCUCUUCAAGGCUCUAGGCUGUGAUGACCUUGUGAACGCUGUCUUUGACCUGGCCAAAGGCCUGAGCCGUAUGCAGCUGUCAGAGGAGGAGAUGGCUUUGUUAAGUGCUGCCGUUCUCCUGUCCCCAGAUCGGCCGUGGCUGACAGACACCCAGCAGGUGCAUAAACUGCAGGAGAAAGUCUACCUGGCAUUGCAGCACAGUCUACACAUGGCCGGAGCAUCUGCUGAGAAACUGGAUAAGAUGGUUUCAAAGCUUCCCCACAUGAAGUCCAUCUGUAAUCUUCAUAUUGACAAGCUGGAGUUCUUCCGGCUGCUUCACCCUGACACAGCCCACAGCUUCCCUCCACUCUACCGAGAAGUGUUUGGCAGUGACAUCACCUUCCCUGAUUCCACCAACAGCUAAACACAAAGAGAAAGAGAGAAUGAGAAAAAAAGAAAAAGAGAGGGUUAGGGAGGACAGAGUGUGACAGAGAGGUAGUGUUUGGAGAAUAGGGGAAGUAAAAACGAAAACUAAAAAAAGACUUUCAAUUGAGUGAAACUCAGCUUACCAGCAACAGUUCUGCGACAAUCCAGCACUUCUUCAGUGUCAAGAACCCCCUCUUUCCAUGCCUCUCUUGUCCGUCUGUUCCAGCACCAACCACUGUUACAGGGGGCCAACACCUUAUCCAUCAAUGUGUCUAACAGUCCCCCAGAACACACAGGGCAUUGGACAUUUGAAUGGUGUAGUCCACCCCUUGUUUCUACCUGAGACCAGCUCUCCUGGCGGGACAGACCUCAGUUCUCCCCCCUCUCAGUUUGCUCAUGAAUGUAAUCCCCAAGCAGUAGCACUUUUCCCACAGAGAGACCGAAUGUAUAGACUCUAUGUUUGGCCCUGUGAACCCUGAACCCUAUGAACCCGGUUGGUCAGAUUAUUUUAGCAGUCCAGACAAUCAUUGAAUCAUCUGGACGCGGCACUGGAACCUACUAAUGUUACCGGUGUUAAGGGACCAAGAGCAGUAGAAUUCCCUUUGUUACAAAACGGACAAACGGAGGGAGGUGGUGCACACCUCAGGGUGUCACUGAUCGACAAAAUAACAGAAAAUAUGACAAUCUCUCUCACACACACACACACACACACACACACACACACACACACACACACAUUGUCAGUCUCAUGUGCCCCCAUGCUCAAAGCACUUCUAACUCACUCAUGUAGACUUUUGUGCAGGCACUUGUUCAUUCAGUGUUUGGUGCUGUUUGUUUGUGUGUUUCUUCUUUUUUAAUGCAAUGGAAAACCUCAGUCCCAUAUCCCUUUACCCUCGAAAUGCCACUUAGAGAAAGAGUGAGAAAUAACUAUGUUUGUUUAAUUUAUACAUACAUUUAUAAAUGAUUAUUUUAAAGAAUGUAUAUAAAUGAAUAUAUAUUAAGAGAAACCGAGAGAGAGAGAGAGCAAGAGAGAGAGAAAGAAAGAGUAAUUUGGGCAAAAUAGUGAUCGAGAGAGAGAGAGAUCGAAAAACAGGGUGUACACCUGUCAGUUGGCCUCAGGUUCCAGGGAAACAUGAUGUAAAAAUGAGGCAUGACAGGACAAACAAACAACAGAUGUGGAAAAGGAGGAAGCUGAAUUUCUCUGAGGAAACUGUUCAAAGAGACUUCGGAGGACCUCUUGGAAAGUUGUGAUUUUGUCGCCAUGUUGAACUUGGCUCUCAGGGUUUUCCUCUCUACAGUUUGCAGACUCCGCCCUCCAGAACCUUCCAGAGAGAUUCUCUAGCAGAGUCACUUAGAAGGCCAACUGGAGAAGGAGUUUGAUGUCUGGGGCAGGACAUUUUUUUUUACAUGAAGGCAAAGGGUUCAGUGCUGCCUGAGGCAAUAUGUGGACUCAUGAACUGUAUCUGAAGCAGAAUGGAGGGCAGCCUGACCUGGAUGGACAAUCAUGGUGUCACACCUUCAAAUGAUAUGAGCGGAAGAGGAACUCUGCUAGGAAAAGAAGCAUUUGUAUUAGUUUGUGGUUUCAAAAACAAUGUUAUACUAACCUUGGAUCUGCAGGAGUUAGGACACAAAUAGACUCCUGUUCAGUCCCCACCACCAGACUUGGCCAGGACACCACCGUGUAAAGAUUUUCAAUGUAAUAUUUUGUAAAUUGUGGCUCCUCUCUCCUUCAGCCUGUUUGACCACUUCCUGUCCUUCCGUCCUGUUGUUCUUUGACAUGUACUUCAGCACAACUCAGAGUUGACAGAGAUCUCAGCUACCCCCCCCCCCCCGACUUUGCAAUUCUAUCAGCAGUGCUCUAUGGAACACAUAACAGCACUAUUUUAAUAGGGGAUAGGAGUAGGGCAGAACAGCUUUUAAUGCUGAUGUAUUGGUGCAGUAAUACAUUAUGUUUCCUGUAUUAUGUCCAACAGAAGGUAAAUAUUCCAUCAUGGGAAAUUUGAUAGUAUUGAUAUUAAAAACUCUCACAAGCAACUCUAACAGAAUGCUAAGUACCUGAAUCUGAUUGUAAAUACUGAUAGUGAAGUUGCCAUUACUUUGUAUUAUCCAUCUAACAAAUCUGCCAUGGGCCUUGGAAGUUUGCUGUCAUGCUGUAAGAUCCUCCUCUCUGACGGCCUGAGUAAGAACACAGCACAGUCUUUCUGGCACCUCAGUUUCUCCAUAGAGCACCUUCUUUUUUAGUUUUUUGGAAAUGUGAAUAUUCUGCAUCAAAUAAAGCAUCAACCAAACGUAGACACUCAGGGAGAUAGCUGGUCUCUGUCCCACCAGGCUUCACGUAUCUACUCCACACUUUGCACCGAGUAGGAGACCCUUUAUCCUUGAUCACUGUGUCCAGUAGCUAGAUAUAGAUAUAUAUAUAUUUUUUUUUUUGUGAAUGUCAAUCACAAAGUGUCAAAGACCUUUCCUCUUUUUUCUGCAUAUAUUACAGGAUCUUUGAGCCUGAAUUGUAUAAGACAUAGGAUACUUUAAAACAAAUUUAAAAAAUCAAUGAAUAAA